AUGCUGCCGCGGGGCCCCGGGGAGGAAAACAUGGGCCAGCGGGUCGACCUCUCGCCCGGGGACAUCGCCUGGGUGGACCGUAUGUACGGCUGCAGCUGCCACUACCUGGGCGACGACCUGCCCGGUGCCACGCCCUACGAAAGCUGGCUCAGUGCCACGACCAUUACGAGCAACCACCUCGCCCCCGUCGACGCCUCCAAGUGCUAUUACUUACCAUUUAAAUCUACAACGGUCAUCACUGUCGCAUUUGAAUACACGUUAUGGGACCUUCCUUUAAAACUUCCUACAAUCAAAGACAUAUUAACAGGAAACACAAGGGCAGGAACUACCCAGCAUAAACUGACACCAAAUGGAAUACAAUAUCUGUAUUGCAUUAAUCCCGAGCAACGACAAAUCACUGUUCAGGUCGUGUACUUCGCCUUCUUCGAAUCGCGCUACUUCCUGCGCGUGACGGACGGGCAAGCGCUGUCUCCGAUCGUCAUCAUGGAGAAGAGCGUCUAUGGCUCUGACUUCGGCUUGGGUGACGUUAUUAUGAUUAAACAGCGAGCAUGGCAUUCCGAUGACAAACCAGACUGGCAGAAGGGACUUGAGGACAACGAUUUCUGGCAUAUCUAUAUAACGGAUUAUACCGUCUCUGCCCAUUUUGCCAGUGUCGGACAGGUAAUUGGCACUUACGACGAAAAGGCUGCCAGUUACCGGGAGGCAGUUGGUAAUAUCCGUCAUUUCUUAGAAGAUAAAAGUAAUGAUAUGAAUGUGAGCUCCUUGAUAUCACUGAACCCACUGAAAGUCGAAGCCAUUAAUAAGUCUUCUACGAUUGUUAGAGACUGCGGUACCUUCUCUCACAAGCUCAAGGACUACCGAAGUGCUGUUGACGAUUUUUCUAAGGCUGUAAGGCGUGACCUUUAUAACAGUACAACUUGGUCCAACUGCAGUCAGACCUUCCUGAGGACCAGAGAUUACGUGGAAGCUGAACAGUUUGCAAUAAUUGCCCUCAAGUUCAAUCCGUUUCACGAGAAGUCAUAUAUAAGGCUGGUGCAGUCAGCGCUUGCCCGAGGAAACACGUCCUUGGCACAACAGUACGCCCGCGCUGCCAAGUUCAUGUGCCGCACGCAUCAGUCGGCGAAGGCGUUCUUGAAGGCGUUUGCCCGUUUUGAGGACCCUGCGUCUGAGUCCACGACUUUCAUUCAGCCCUUUCCAGUGAGAACGCCAGGGCAAAUUUAUGCAUUUCGAUAUUCAACUAAGAUAAAAUUAACAUUCCCGGGAAAGAAGAUGGAAUUUGACGAAAACACGAAGUAUACUGAAGUGGCUAAUCAAGAGUGGGAAUUGGAAAUAAUGCCUAUGGAUCCAGAAGAUGCACCUUCAUUAUUACGAAAGGAACUAGCAAGAAUAGCAUCAAAUGAAUGCAGAAAUAACAUAAUGAAAUGGGUGAGGAAAAGUGACAAAUAUGAAGAAGAGAAGGAAACACAAAACUUAGUGAGACAACUACUGCACAUUUACAAGAUGAAGAGGGACAGGAAAAGAAGAGAAGAAAAUAUUAGGAGAAAAAAUCAACAACUAAAAAUGAAAAAAAAUGUGAAGAUAAGGAUACAGAAAGAACUAGAAAUCCAAAGGGAACUAAAGGAAAAAAUGCAUCAAAGGGAACUGAGUAUGAUGAGGAAAAUGAACGUGGAUGUGAAACCACAAAGGAAAACAAAACCUCUGAAUCAUCAUGACACAUUCCAGGAAACACUUGAGAACGGGAAAAGAUUCUUUGAGGAACAUCACUACCGUCAAGCUGUCCAGGCUUUUGAGAAGAUUAUGGAGGUGCAUCUCAAAAAACACAAAGGUGACCUGAAGGAAAUCCAGUUUGCAACAGCCUUGUGUGAGAUUCAUUCUGGACGCGGCUAUAUUACUGAUGGUAUGGAUAUCCUGAGGAUUUUAGUGGAUGACGUGGACUUUGCACUAGCUGCUCGCUAUUGGCUUGCAGUUAGUUACGAGAAGAUUUGUAUGUUUAAAGCUGCAGGGACAUAUGCAAAGUCUUGCAUUGAAGAACAAAAAGAAAAUAGAAACUAUAGAGGAAAUAUGUGGCCUGGUACUGCUGAGAUCAUUCCUGAGACUACCCCUGCAUAUUUGGCAAAAGGCUCCAAGGAACUCCUGGAGAGGCUGACAUCAUCAGUUCCAGCACCUAAAGCAAAGUGCCAUCUGAGUAACUGUUGUUCAGUUCAAGGUCAUGCUUUUGCCAAACAGGAAAUUUAUUUGCAAGACCUUGAGUUUAAAGGUUAUAUAAAUGUGACAUGUGAGGAGGACUGCGUCAUCAGUUUCCAUCAUGUGUGCUGGAAAUCCGUGAAGGAACAAGACAAAGAUGCCAAGAAAACAGAAAAGGAUUUUCUAGGUACAGAAUGCAUAACUCCAGAUUGUUCAGGCCUGAUAUAUAGCAUAACUAUAUAUGACAAUAACAAUGAAAUAAAAUUGGAACUAGUUAAAGAUAAAAAAAGAAAUGACAGUACAGUAAAGGAAAAGAAGAAGAAGGACAAGAAGAGAGAGAAACCACCAGGAACCAAACCAGAAACGCGUGAAAAGAAGAAAGAGAAGCAAGGAGGUGCAAGCAUGGAAGCUGCUGGAUUAGAACAGAAAGUACACUUUAAUGACACAGUAAAGGAUCCCGAUGUGAGAGAUACCACACAAGAAAUGGAAUCAACUGUUUCCAAAGCUCCUGCUCUGCCAAUUGAUCCUGAAAGCCUGGAAUGGACAAAUGUUACUGUGCUCAAGCCGUUUGCUGAAGAAGAACAGACGGACGAGGCUAAAUCCAUAAAGAAAAAGAAGAAAAAGAAGAAAAAGAAAGCCACACCCCAAGCUGAUCUUUUAGGAGAUCCGCUAGAUGCAUCUGAAAAUGUUGAGAAUGAAUAUGUAGCACGUUUAAAAUUACUGAAGCAGGAGAAAGAAGAGAAAAUGAUGUCCAAUGCACAACUAAGGAAACUGAAGAGGGCAAGAGCUCUAGAAAAGAAGAAAACCCUAAACAAUGAAGCUUCCGAUGAUGUGGGGGAACUGCCAUCUGAAUGUCAGCAUGUGCCACCGAUUGACCCAAACAACCCAUUCUUUAUACCAGAAGAGCUUAGAGAAGAUAAUGUGAAAUUUGAGCAAUACUUAAAAGGAGAAAAAUUUGGUGGAAAAACUUUAGAUGAUCCACCACCGAGAACAGUUGUUCCUUGUUAUGAUGGUGACAUUAGUAUAAAUAUCCCAAGUAGGCUUCAAGAGACUGAUAAAAAAAACAAAACAGAAUCCACCAGUUCUCCAGACAGUAAUGAAGACUUAGUCACGGGAGCUGAGAGUGCAGCAUGUGCUGAUCUGAGAGCAGAAAUUCUUAAUAUAACAUGCUCUGAUGUUGAUGUCGAUGUUACAUGUUCAAUUUGCCUGGAACCAUAUGAUGAUUUUGUCUCGGAGACCCUUGACUGUGAACACAGAUUCCACCGCAAAUGCAUAAGAUAUUGGUUAAAACAACAGUCAAAUUGCCCUAACUGUCGGAAAUUUGCACUAACAGAGGAAGACUAUCCAUCAUUAUUAGAUGCUAGAAAAUGGUUAUUAGAAUGAUAUUCAAAGGGUAAAAUUAUUGGUAGUGUGCACUGUCUACUGUUUU